AUGGUGACGGACGUAACAGCCAAUGACAGCCUUCGACACAAGAGCGGAGGUCCAUUGUUGCAGAUUAACCAGACUCAGUUACAAGGAUUUAACAUCACUGAUGAUUUGUUGGUAUCAAAUUUUUCAAACGGAACAGAACAUUCUGGUUGGAUGCAGCACAUAAUCCUCGAUCCCAGGCCGGCUUUACCUCUCAGACUGAUUGAAUACUCAUGUCUUGCAUUUUUCUUCAUAGAAUUCGUUGUGAGGUUUUCCGUGUGCCCAAACAAACGAAAGCUCUUGUUUACUCCGGUGACUUUCCUGGAUUUAUCCUAUGUUAGUUCCUGGAUACUCAUGUUGUUGAUACUGUAUCUCUUUCCCAAAACCCGAACGGAGGAAUCCGGCUAUAAGGUGUACGCAGGAUUGCAGGCGUUGGCAGCUAUUCGAAUCCUUCGAAUUUUCAGACUGGCACGCUAUUUUCGCGGCCUGAAAAUGAUUCUAUUGACGUUGAAAGCAAGUGCCCGCGAACUGCUGUUGUUGUUAGUUUGUUUUCUGAUAGCCAUGGUGCUUUUUGCAGAUUUGAUUCGAAAAGCCGAACAUCGUGUGGAUGAGAAAAACAAAUUUGAUAACGUGUUUGUGGCUCUCUGGUGGGUUGUGAUAAGCAUGACAACCGUGGGCUAUGGCGAUAUAGUCCCAGAGUCACCCCCUGGUUACGCUGUUGGUAUGGCCUGUGCAUUUCUGGGACCAAUCAUAACGAGUUUUAUUGUGCCUAUGAUUUCUGAUCAUUUUCUCUCUUAUUAUGCCUAUAAAGAACGCGAUAUACGAAGGUCGCACACCAAUCACUCGAACAAAUGUAUCUGA